GUCAGCUUGCCCUGUGCCGGAGAGACAAGAGAACCUUUGACCGGAACUGCGGAGGCUGUUAGCAUUGCUAAUUUAGCUGCUAACUGGCUUUUCGUUACCUUGCUCUUUUUUUUUUUUAAAUUGAUUUAUUUAUUUCCUGUCUCAUGCGUCAAGUGUCCUGUCUCACGCGGAGCGAUGUGGUUUAUUUAUUUGCUGAGCUGGCUGUCGCUGUUGCUCCAAGUGUCGUUCGUCACUCUAGCUAUAGCUGCUGGUCUCUACUACUUGGCCGAACUAAUAGAAGAGUACACGGUGGCCACCAGUCGAAUAAUCAAGUACAUGAUCCUGUUCUCCACAGGCGUGCUGGCAGGUCUGUACCUCUUUGAAGGCUUCCCAACUUUGAUGAUGGCGGUGGGACUCUUCACCAACCUGGUCUACUUUGGCCUGCUACGGACCUUCCCUUACAUCCUCCUGAGCUCGCCCAAUUUCAUCCUGUCCUGCGUGUUGGUUGUGGUCAACCACUACAUGGCCUUUCAGUUCUUUGCGCAGGAAUAUUAUCCUUUCUCAGAGGUGCUGGCAUAUUUCACAAUCUGCCUGUGGGUGAUCCCCUUUUCCUUUUUCGUGUCACUGUCGGCGGGCGAAAACGUGCUUCCGUCCACCGUGCAACAAGAUGACGUGGUGUCCAAUUACUUCACCAAGGGCAAGCGUGGGAAGCGCUCCGGGAUCCUCCUGGUGUUCUCCUUUCUCAAGGAGGCCGUGCUGCCCAGCCGGCAGAAAAUGUACUGAGGGACACAUCUCGGGGGGGCCGGUGGGGUGGGGGGUGGGGGUCUCAGGUGGGAAUCGUGGAUGCGUUUGAGUAACUGUGGUUAAAGAGGAGGCGCUAAUGGUGUGAUCUGGCGCCUGCUGCAUCUGACCGUCUCCGUUCGAAACGUGUCGGAUUUCUCCGAGACGCCGCCCGAAAUCUCGUCGCAGGUUGCCCGUACGGCCGUGUAAAAGUUCCACGGAAAGGUCGGAAGAUGAUUUCUGAAAGCCUGGAAGCAAUUGGGCGAUAUAGCAAGGAUGUCCCGACGGCAGCGCUUGUCCCACUGGACUGUUUUGGACAUUUUUUCUACCUUGACUUGAGCGUCUGGAGCCUGAAGAUGUCAAUGAGAAACUUUGUGGCACAUGACUGGAGGCAAGUGGAGUAAAAUCAUCUUGACUGCUCUGAGGAGGUGCCUGAGCCGGAGUUUGCUUUUUUUUUUUUUUUUUUUUGUUAUGCAUUGCUCCAAUUAUGACGUCACGUUCGCAGGAGUGGCGGACUCGAGUCAUGUGACUUGACCUGAGUCAGACUCGGGUCGCGGGUUUUACAACUCAUGACUCGCUUGGCUGUAAUUUACAAACGGCUCUGGUUGAUUUGGUAUUCAUUGGGCUGGUUCAGGGCCAUUUAAGAAAAAAAAAAAGUAUUUUGUUUAGCUAACUAAUGCAAGUACAUAGUAGCUAACGUGAAAUUGAGGUGACGCUCAAAGUUGACUUGCUUCAUUUUGGCCAUAAAUCUCCAAAGGUUACUUCCACCUCUGCUAUUGCCAAUUAAAAGCAUUUUAGGACAAUU